GAGUAACUUUGUGAGUCAGGAAUGAACAAGUUCCUGCAGAUAGCGCCGGAUUCUUUGGCGCUCGUGCUGUCUCCGGUUCGAAGCCACGAAGAUGACUCGUCUUCAUCAUCAUCAUCACCACCACCAGGCGAGAAGUUCAGGCACCGCACCGGCUACGAGGUGUUCGCCGAGUUUAAAGACGCAAACAUGCAGCACUUCUGGAACGAGGCGCUGAGGCGGGCCCUGUCGGAGGUGUUCUUCCUCGGCUGGAUCGAUGAGCAGGUCCUGCUGGUGCAGGGGAAGGAGAAGCACCUGGAAGUCCUCAGGAGCGGAUGGACCAGACGGACCCUCAAAGCACCACGGGGCUUUGAAAUCCAGUGCAUAGGUGAUGUGUCUCCGAUCAGUAUGUCGCCUAUCAGCCAGUCACAGUUCAUCCCGCUGGGGGAGAUUUUGUGCCUGGCUAUCUCUGCUAUGAACUCGGCCCACAAGCCUGUGAACCAGGAGGCUCUGGGGAGCCUCACUGCCAGCUUCCCAGGUGUGCCUACGCCCAGCUCAGAGGUUCUGAGACAUACCCUGAACAUGUUGGUGCGGGAGAGGAAGAUCUACCCAACUCCAGAGGGCUACUUCAUUGUCACUCCGCAGACCUACUUUAUCACUCCUUCCCUCAUCAGAAGCAACAACAAGUGGUACCAUCUGGAUGAUCGGCUCCCAGAUCGCCAACAACAACAACAACAGCAGCAGCAGCAACUUCAGCAAUGCACUUCCCCUCAGUCGGGCAACGUCACACCAUCCACACCUGGCUGCUUGAGAGAGCGGCCUGCGCGCAAGAACCACAGUGACUCAUAUAAUUCCUUCCGAGAAGACCCGUCCAAAGUUCACACCUCUGUGCUCCAAAGUAAGUCACAGAAGGAGCACAGGGGAGACUCCCAUCAAAGUAAACAACAACCCAAGGAACAUAAGAGUGGAGAAACUCCACCGAACACGUCAGCCAAGGAGCACAGAGGAGAACCACCCUCAUACCCCCAUCCCCCACUUCCUACUCCCCCACCUGUCCAGACUCCACCUCAAGAGCCAGCCGAUAAGAGCAAAAGCAUCACUUCUUUCCCUUAUAAAACUGACACUCUUACCAAAAAGAAAGAAGGAAGUGGUGGCAGUGGAACUGGUGAGAAGCAAUCUAAAAGGUUUGGACUCAAACUCUUUAGAUUAAGUUUCAAGAAGGACAAAAUGAGGCAGUUGGCAACUUUCUCAGCCCAGUUCCCCCCAGAGGAAUGGCCCCUUCGUGAUGAAGAUGUGCCGUCCACCCCCAUUCCUCGUGAAGUGGAGAUGGAGAUUAUCCGCAGAAUAAACCCAGACCUAACCGUGGAGAAUGUGGCACGGCACACUGCUGUAAUGAAGCGGUUGGAGGAAGAACGUAGUCAGAAGAACAAAGCAGGGUCUUCAGCCCAGCACAGUGCACGCAGUAGGAGGGGCAGGGGCCACAGGAGGGCACCACACGGUAAGUCCCGCUCACACAGCAAACCCAGGACCUCCAGGGGAGAUCCAUCUGAGGGUUCCAACUGGGACCUUGUGUUCAUGGAAAGGGAUUACCGCUUCUUUAGUCACUCGUUAGUUCGGUCGCCUCGAGAGGCCAUGUAUACUUUGGAACGCAGGAGAAGUGGCGGUGCAACAUACCUGGUCCACAGCAACCCCAAUAUUACUGAAUCGUACUGCCCUGUUACACCUGAGUGGGAUGUGUCUGGGGAGCUAGCCAAGAGGAGGACAGAGAUGCCCUUCCCUGAGCCUUCACGUGGGACUUGCCAGUCCAGAGUGCAGAGAAGUCACAGUCACAAUCAGGAUAGGAAGUCCCGUCACGAGAGAUCAGAUCAAGCUAAAGAACGGUCGCGGUCCAUGGACAACUCUCUCAAGGGCCCACCAAUUGGUACCCCAGAAGACUUUGAAACCAAUGUCGAGGAGCGUAGUCAUUACUACACUGAUGAUGGCACCCUGCGGGCAACGCAAAAGUCCUCCCACUACUCAAGGAUUAUGUUCUCUGCUGCUAAGUUCCACUCAGAUUUUAAUGUGCCUGAAAUUGGGAAAGAGAGUUUGGACGAGUCCAGGAUGCGGAGUACAAUGGAGAGGAACAAAAGCAGAGACAGCUUGCCAACUUACAAUGAGCUAAUGGGACUUUCACCGAAGCCCUCAACAGAUGAGUACUUCCAGUGCAAUACGUCAAAUGAAACAAUCCUAACUGCCCCUUCGCCUCAGGCAAAAUCAGAAUAUGACACAUUAACCUCAUCAGGGGGACUCCGAAAGGGCUCUCCAGCUGACCGACAAACUCCUCACCUCACCUCUCCUCACACGAUGGAGUACAAAGAGGAUUUGUCGGCAGCAAAGGGACAGAACGGCUCGGUCCGACUAACGCCAAGCCAGACACCAGAGCCUGUGCAAAGUGCCCGUUUGACACCACACCAACACAAUGUGGAUCCCGGAGGGGGAGGAGGUGGUUUGGUGAUCAAGAGAAAAGAGAUCUUCAGCAAGGACACUUUGUUCAAACCUCCACACAAUGCCUUGUCCACAGGCUAUGUGGACAGCAGCUACACCAAGUCUGGCACAUUGCGGAAAGCCUCACAUGCCAAAUCAACAGAGGCCCUAGACAAUCCUGAGCCCCAGCAGCCUUCCAAUUCAGCCACUUCCUCAGCAUCACCUGCAGUUUUACAGGGCUGCUUAGAGCCAACAGUCCCCUCAGCCUCCUUUGACUACUAUAAUGUAUCAGACGAUGAGGAAGAGGAAGAGGCAGAGGAGGACUCGCACAAAGAGUUGGCAACAGCAGAGGACAGCAAAGACCAUGGGGAAGGGGGCGGUAAUGGUGGAAGCAGUGGUGGUGGAGGGGAGGGAACCAUGCAGUGGCUAUUGGAACGGGAGAAGGACCAUGAUCUUCAGCGGAAACUGGAGACCAAUCUGACCUUACUCAGUCCUAAGGAGACUGAGAACAGCAGCAGCCAGAAGUCAGCCCACUCAGCACGUUUGGACAGCAUGGACAGCAGCAGUGUCACUGUGGACAGUGGAUUUAACUCCCCUAGGACACGUGAAAGCCUCGCAUCCAACACGUCCAGCAUCGUGGAAAGCAAUAGACGGCAAAAUCCAGCGCUGAGCCCCGGCCACAUCGGCACCAGUGGCAUCGGACUGCCAUUCAGCUUUCGCGCCAUCCCAGAACCCCCCACCACGCAGCCUGAGAAACUCCAGAAGCCGUCGAACUGCCUGGCCUCCAUCACCAGCGUCUGACAGGCGGCGCAGACGGAGAAGGUGGUGGAGGAGCGACAGAACACAUAAACCCACGUUACAGACUCCUUUACUGGGACUGUUAUAAUAACAGGCAUGGCUUCAAGAGACUGUUCCCACAGCUACCAGAACUUUAUGGCAAAAAACAAACAAAAGAAGAAGAAGAAGAGGAAAACCAGAACAUCACGACCAGUGUAGGUAAAGAAGAAAAAAAAAAAAAGAAACUACCACUACUUGAAGUACGACUUGAAGUACUUUGAUUUUGGUGACAUGGACUCUAGUUUGGCUUAUAUCAAGAUUCUUGAUUAUUGGUAUUUGAAAGUAGUCAACUAUAGUAUUCACGUUACAUUUGGAAAUAUCAAAACUUUUUAUAUUACUUACAUGUCCAAUUAAAUGUUCUCCUGAAAUAGCAUCAGUUCUUCAGGACCAUUUCAUGUAUCAGCACAAUGUCACAGACAGUAAGAGUUGCUCCUGAGAACAACGAAUGAAAGAUAUAAAAACAUAAAUCAGCUCAGAUUUGUGUACCGCAAUGCAAAUGAUGUAUGUAUACUCGAUACUUUUGAUAUCCUAAUUAUUAUAAUGGUGGUAUUAAAGAUGCUAUGUGACCAAA